AUGCACUCAGUAUUGGGUCAAAUGCCGUCUAUCUCGACCACGUUCACCGUUGUGAAUGACCAAGCCGCCGCUGGGGAUUUUCCAGAGCACCUAUCCAGCGACGAAACAGGUUCUGCCCCAACAGACUCUAACGCUGGACGAGUUCACGCAUUGCCAUCAACGGUGGCCGAACUCCCUAACGAAAUCCUACUGCACUGUUUCUCAUUCAUGGUUCUCAAGACGCUUAUCAUUUCUCGAUGCGUCUGCGCAACAUGGCGCACCUUGGUUCCGCUCGCCGAGCUCGACCCUCUCCGGCGGCGCCUCCUUGACCUAUACGACACUGUCAUAAAUACCUCCUACUUCCUCGAGACGCGCCCGUGGACACUGGCCCACCUCGACCCGACGUUCGACCGCGAGGCGUACAUCGCCGCCCUGGACGCACAAGAUCCCACCCUCGGCGUCCCCGCCGACUUCCGCAUGUUCGUCCUCGAAUGGCCCGCGUGCGCCGCCGUCCAGUCCCUCUGGCCCGGGCUCCCCCUCCUCGAGUGCCGCAAGUCAAAUAUCGAGCGCAGGAAAAGCGUCAACUUCAUCGCGCGCAUCCCACCCCCGGGCCACCUCGAGCUCUCCGCGCUCACGUACAAGCUCGACUACCCCGGCGUCGCGUUCGUCCCUGCGCUGCUCCUCUGGCGGAACGACGGCGACAGCACGGAUUGGCUGAUAUUCGACGACGACCGCCACCCAGAGCUCUCCGGCAAAGUCUUUGCCAUCUCGCUGCGCCUUGACCCCGACCUCGUGCCCUACUGCGAGUGGGGAGACGGCCCCGAGGACUGGACAGACUAUCGCGUUUUGGUACCGAGAGGCGACUACAGUGAUUUCAAUGUGUUUCACGAUUGGAUCGAAUAUCUGCACCGGAUGUGGCGCGACCUGGGUAUUUGCAGACCUUUUGGCCGGGUGUCUCGCGAUGUGCUGCCGCAUGAUGACGCUCCGGUGUGCUUGGAGGGAAACGACGACUUUGCUGAUCGCACCCACUGUGAUAUUCCGGCGCCUCCGUGGACCAGGCGAAGGGAACCCCAGUUUUGGAAGUGGUUGCGGCUCGAGGAAUGA